AAUCACAAAAUGGAUUUCUGGAAUCUGGCAAUAAAAAUUGGUUUUUUAUUACAAACAACCACUGGAGUUUUGGGAAAUUUCUCUCUUAUCUUCUACUAUCUAGGUGUUUACUACAGAGAAUGCAAACUAAAGCCCACAGAUUUGAUUCUCAUGCAUAUAAUGGCAGCCAAUGCAUUGACCAGCCUCUCUACAGGAGUUCCCCACACAAUGGCAGUUUGGGGAUGGAAGCAGUUCUUCAAUGAUUUUGGAUGCAAGUGCAUAGUAUAUAUUCAACAAAUUUCCCGGAGUGUGUCCAUUGGAACCACAUGUCUCUUGAGUGUCUUCCAGGCCAUGACAAUCAAACCUAGGAAAUCGUGUUGGAAUCAUAGAGGCAAAGCUGAGAAGUCCAUUGGAUGCUGCCUAUUUAUUAUCUGGGUUUUGUACUUGUUGAUAAAUUUCAUUUUCUUUGUGUACCCAUUUAGCAAAACAAACACAAAAAAUGUGACAACAAAGCGAGAUUUUGAAUACUGCUCCAUUGUAAGGAGUGAUCAAAUUAUUGAAGCCCUCUAUGCAGCAUUGGUAGUGUGUCCUGAAGUUUUCCUUUCUGGGCUCAUUGCGUGGUCCAGUGGCUCCAUGAUUGUCCUCCUGCUCAAGCACAAGCAGGUGGCUCAACACAUCCGCAGCACUCAUAAUUCCAGCAGAACUUCCCCUGAGUCCAGAGCCACACAACACAUCCUGUCCCUGGUGUCUGUCUUUCUGUGUUUUUAUACUCUAUCCUCCUUCUUAAGAGGCUGCAUUGCUCUGUUGUCUAAACACAACUGGUGGCUAGGAAACAUCACUCCCUUCAUUUCUCUUUGUUUUUCCUCUUUUGGACCUUUUGUUCUUAUGAAUCAUUACUCUGUCAUGCCCAGACUUAGUUUGUUCCAGAUGAGGAAUAAACCCCCUUAA